CCUGUGAUCUUGACAAUUAGAAAUAAUUUCCUUAGACGGCAGCAGUGCUUCAAGCGUAAUGGCAGGCGCUAGUCGUUCUCUCGUUAUUGUCAUAUUUGUAUCGUUCUUGGCUUUCACAAUUCUGCAUUUUAACCACAAUGAGUCCUUUAGUCGCUUACCUCAGCUUGUGAGCGAUAACUUUGACACUUUGACGAUUCAGUCAAAUCAAAGUCUAAGUCCUAACGCAACUUCAAUGGUCUUUGUGUAUUUACUGAAUUCUAUCCAGAGUUUGAACAAUUCUUUAUCGGAAAUCCAGACGCAUUUGGUGUCACAACGACGUUUCUUCAAUAUUAAUGUAACGGAAAACGAAAAAAAUGGUUGUCCCUCACAUAAGUUUAUAAUGACAACGGGUGAUGCUGGAGGAUUGGGCAAUCGAAUGAGUGAAUAUGCUACACUUUUGGCUUUGUCUGCAAUCACUGGAUUCACACCGGUUAUCGGAAAGGGUCAUAGAAAAACUUUGACAGAUGUGUUUCCGUUGAUUCCUUUUGAGGGAACUAAUAUCAGCCGAAGUUGUAUGAAUGCGGCCAAGUCCUUAAAUCCGAGGCUGCUGACGGAGACCAACGCUUUCAUAGCUACCAAGCCAGUAGAUCAUGUUCACAAUAUACGGUUACAUCAGUAUUCGAAUGGGGUAUUUUACUACAAUAAAAUAAGAGGCCUUCUUAAAGAGCACUUCAGAUUCAAACCAGAAGUUGACACAGUGGCUGAAGGGUUCUUGGUAAAUGCCAGCCUUCUAUUGAAACCUGACAUGAUGGACCCAGUUUGGGUUGGAAUUCACGUUAGAAGAACCAACUAUAAGCACCAUUUGAAUGUGACUCAAAACGGCACCUUGGUCACUUUUGAGUAUUUUGAACGUGCUAUAAAAAGACUUGAAGAAAGUCUAAGCGAUUCAUACCGGAACUUUGAGCCCACAAACAUGGUGUUUGUGGUAGCUUCAGAUGACAAUGAAUGGUGCAAGACACAAUUCGGGACAAUCGCCAAUAAGACCGUCAUAUUUACCAAGCAAGCCUUUACCCACAAUUUGGGAUUUGACAGGAAGUAUUUAGAUAUGGCCAUUAUGUCCAAAUGCAACCACUCCAUCUUCGACUAUGGGACAUUUGGAUUUUGGGGGGCCUAUUUGGCCGGAGGUCAUACGAUACUGGCCCACAACAUUGGCACUGGCAUGAAUCCUGAAGUGGAGAACGUCAGGCAAGCUGAACUGCCAAAUUGGCACUUCAUUGAAGCUCAUGGAAAGUCGUAACGCCCUCACAAACCCUUGCCGUCAUGAAUGAUUUCAAGAUGAUCUGGCAACGUGAGUAGCGAACUCUACAAAUCGUACGCCACGCUAUCUCAAUUAAAUCGUUUUUGGAUAUUUGCACUUCUACCUUUUGUCUAAAUACAUGCUGACCAGAAGAAAAAAAACAACCAUCAUUAUCAUCAUUGCCGAAAGAGUGAGGUCGGAAUGUAAACAGGUCAAGUAAUCAAUCACAUCAUGUUUCUUUUUAUUGUUUUGUGUGAAAAGUAUUGAGAUUUUAAUUGCAUUUUCGGGAAAAGCUUGAGUUUUUACCGACAAGGCAAGCAGGAAUAAUGUGAGAAUUAGAGAGCAACUACUUUCUUGCGACAAACCUGGAGGAUUGGGACAAUGCAGUAUUUAAGGGAGGUGCAGACGGUAUCUUUUACAAUACAUCUUCAAAAAUAUCUAUGAGCUUUUUCCUCAGCAAGGUUUUAAUAGUCAAUUGCAAUGAAUGUAAAGGUUUACAAUUUUGAGCCCUCCAAAAUAUCCAGGCUAGUCAA